GCUGCUGGAUCGUGCACGUUGCGACCGGAGCGAGAGUAACCCGCAGAUUUUCUUGCAGACUCCGAAGAAACGCCAAGCGGAAUGGUAAUUGUCUGCAGGUGGAUAGUGGUUUCACUUCAUCGUCUGAUGAGGGUCGGAUCGAGGAGGUUCUGCGGGCGUCACUGUUAAGACCUGUUCACAUCGGACUGGCGUCCUUACUGAGUCCUUACGGCGACCCAUGUCGCAGUGAGGACGGCAUAGACGCCAGAGGGACGCUGUAAGGACGCAAGAAGACGCAGUGAGGACGCCGAAAAUUGCUCAGCCCUGCGUUUUACGGCGUUCUGUUAAGGAUGUCGUAGGGACGCCGUAGAGACGCAGUAGUCGUAGUAGGGACGUGGCAGGGUCGCUGAAAGGUCGCCAUGGACGUCGUGUUGUCGCCGCUCAAUCCCACAGAAAAUGAUCAUUUACUGUAAGGCGACCGUACGGCGACCUUAUUGCGACAUUAGUACGUCCUCUGUACUUCUAUUGCGUCCUCAGAACGACUAUGGUCGCAAUAAAAACGCAGUAAGAACGCCAAGGACGCCGCUCAGACGCCGUAUGAUCGGCUUUGGUCGCCUAAAGGACGCAGUGCGAACGCGGUAAGGUCGCCAAGGACGUAUUAAGGACGCCUUGAGGACGCACAGAACGCCAUAAACCAGGACGCUGGUGUGACGGGAAGGCGAAACACAGCAUUUUUACCGAAAAAGUCAUUGGCGUCCUUACUACGACAAUCAGAAAUUUCCAGAAACACAGUCUUAGGUCGCCGUAAGGACGCCAGUCCGGUGUGACGGGGCUAUAAUCAAGCGUGUAUCGUCAUCCCUCGACCCGGACGUCCUCUACCACAGACUUCGCUGACUCUCGUGUAGAGAGGCCAUAAUAGCGGCGCAGCGUGCGAGGAGCGGGAUUUGUCACCACUCUCUUGGCGGAGUAACAUUGUCUUUGUAAGGGCAAGCAGACAUGAAUUAUCUUUAUAUUGUAUACUAGUGAACAUAAAUGACUCAUUGGCCACCGUGCACUCGUCUAUUUGUAUCAAAAUUAUAUGUUUGCGAAUACCCUUGGCAGUCGAUGUAAAUUUGACCUAAUUUGGCUCAAAAUGAAAUUCUUUUUCGUUGAAAAGUCACAGGGGCAAGUCUAUACAUAAUGUAGUCGUGAAGAUUCGACAAUGAGCUGUUAACAAACUUCCGAAUUACACACAAACUUUAAAGGAGCACUAUGCACCUAUUUCAACUCGUAAUCGCCAUAAAUGCCCCAUGGGGUGAUAAAUAACCCACUGAUAAGAGAUAGUAUGAAGAACUUAUCGAAUAUUCGAUGAUUCAAGCAACAUUACAGAGCCAUGUGUGCUGACACUGAUGCGUCAAGAGAAAUUCUCAGGUUACUUUCUAGUCGCCAGACUUUAAUUUUCGCCAUUCAAUCGGUCCCGAGAAUGUUUAUGAGGUCGGGGUUAACAGGCGACUUUUUUUAUUGACGACGGUUAAUGAAGUAUAGCGUUUACCGCAGAUUGUUUAACAAAUAAUUGCAGUUUUACUAUUUACGUAAUAUAAAACGGUAAAUAAUACAGUACAUUAAAGACAGUGUUGGAUUCAUCCUUAUAUCUUGUAACUGUAAACAAUAGUUACUUAUAAAAAGUUAAAAGCAAACGGUGAGCGAUUGAACCUGUACAGUAAGUUGUAAAAAACAACAACCUUUAAAGAAUCUACGCAGAACAAUUUAAUUUCAGUACAUGUUUAUUUCGCUUUCCUAUAACCUUGUGUACAUCUAAGCGCCAACUUCGUUGAAUUUCUAUGUUCAUCUUUAUACCCAUAAGUGGAGUUUGUGAGAAUCCUGUAUAAAAUUAUCAGAGAUUGUAAAUCAAUGCCAUUUUUCUCCUUGAUGAUUUUUUUUCAAAAUCUCACCACUGUAGACAAUUAAAAAUAAAUUACAUUGGUGUUUGCAUUUGUGUGGCCGUUCGAACUUCUUGUCCCGUGACUGUAGUAAUAUUAAAUACGUUCAAAGAGCGAACAACUUGAGUGCCUUCAGCGCUUUGAUUUUUAUCGUUUUUUUAGAAUUGCCUAUUUUUGAGAAGCACAUUUGUCACAUUAACUUGCCAUUUCUCCACGUGGUUGUGUGCAAAAUAUAUUUUUGGUAAAAACUAUGAUAACACAUAUUAAUGUUUUGAUUCGACUAGAACUGAUAAGAACCUGUAUGUGUUUAAAUUGGUGUUUACAACAUUUUGUUUCCAUGUAUUAUAUAUCUACGAAGGCUUAGUAGUUACUAUGUACACCAGUUUACUAUUUAUUGCACUUUUAAAAGUAUGCAUCCCGGGGCAAUGUUCACUGAUGAAGUAUUUGAUAAUAGUACGUGAUAUGUUAGUAAUGCAAUCAUCAUUUUAUUUCGGAAAGAAAACACACAAGUACUACAAAACGGAUUUAAUUCUCAAUAAAGCCGCGUCAUGCGAAAGUGGAUCUUAUGCAAUAUGUUGCCAUCGGUGCUCUUGACGGGACUGUUCUAUAAAGUUACGCACGGAUCAUGCUCUAAUAUUGCAUAAAGCCCAUUUUCGCAUGACGUGGUUGAAUAUUAUACUUACAGACUUACAUGCACACGCAGAAUAUUAUUCUCCGACUUUGAACGCUUCAAAAAUGAUAAAAGAAAUGUAAGUCGACAUUAGCAAACCAAGUUUCAGCGCUUUUAACACGUCAUAAUCAUUACAUCAAAUGACUUCUGAACUUUGCAGAUACUAUGGGAAGAUAUGCAUUGCAAUAAUUAUUUACUUAUCCUUGUAAAUGUCGUAUAAAGUUUAACCUUUGAUACUAAUAGGGUCUAUGUUAUAUUUUUCUUAAUGUAGAGUUUCUCUUGAAAACAUUCUAAUUUAUUUCACAACAUUUUAAUAUAUGCUUUAUAAAUAUCUUUAAAACUUUUUUAAUUUAAAUUGAGAUCAGUUAGUCAGUCCUUCCCAGACAAAAACAGAAUUACAUUUAUGUAUCGUGGAAUCCGGACAAACGGCAACCGGGCAAUCGGCAACCUGUGAUGUUUCUUAUCCUUAAAUCGGUUGACGUGUGUCCGAGUUUACAAUUUAAUCGGAUGCCGAUAAUCCUGAUCGACACAUUUAGGAGAUGCCGAUUUUUCGAUAAUGUAAAAAAAAACGCCGGGUUUUGAAAUACAAAUUGUAUCGUCAGUGCUUUGAUUUUAUGCUUGAGUUGUUCCCCCUCCCCUUGAACGGACACAAACGACUGCACACGGAAAUGCGAUAUCUUUUAAUAGAACAGUGACGCUAUUGGUAAACAAAAGAGCACACGUGUAAAUGUUUAUCAACAGAGUCAUCAACGGAAUUAAGACGCAAAACCAGCGAUGUUAUUCACAUUCUGGAAACAUUCCAUGCCAAACUGGUGCGAGUAGAGACUUCUUCAAGCCGAAGAUGGACGUUGAUGAUUGGCGUACCGGAAAGUCCUGGCGCGAGCGCUAUAUGUUCAUGUGGGAGGAGCGCGUCGGAUGUGACGUCACUUUCGCAGUCGGCGACGGCACCAAAGUGAGCGCACAUAAGUUCGUGCUUAUCAGCCGCAGUGCUGUAUUCGAAGCCAUGUUCUGUGGGUCCCUGGCGGAGAAGACUUCCGGUGCACGAAUUAUCGAGAUCCCGGAUGUUGAAGAAGACAUUUUCAUGAAGUUCCUUCGAUUCCUCUACGUGUCCGAGUUAGACCUCACGGAACUCAACACACUGCCGAUGCUAUACGUCGCCCGGAAGUACUGCGUCGAGGACCUUGUAAAAAUCUGCGCGGACUAUCUACACGAGCGGAUGACACCGGAUACCGUUUGCGAAAUCCUCGAGCAAGCGCAUACGUACGAUAUAGACGAUCUAAAAGAAAUGUGUUUGCAGUACGUGUACGAAAACGGAAGUUCCGUUCUAAUGUCGGAUGCUUUCUGUGAGCUGUGUUUCGACUGCGUUCACAGUGUUAUAAAGUCGAAUGACUUGUUUGUUGAAGAAAGUGAUGUGUACUCCGCUCUGACCAAAUGGGCAGCACACGAGUGCGAAAGACGGAAUCUCGAAUCCACUGGACCAAACAAGCGAAGCGUUCUUGGAAAGUUGCUGUUCAAAAUCCGCUUCCCGACAAUGGACCGGUUGUUUUUUACGGACACCGUUUCAACAGACGACAUUUUGACCAGCGACGAAAAGGUGACGCUUUUUCAACAUAUGUUUGGUUCCUUCGCGAAACAAGACCUUUCGUUUUCGGACGUGAAACGGGAAGCAAGGAUCAUAAAAUGUUUGCGCUUUCCGAAAAACGAACGUGGCGGACUGACUUGCGAGCCUGGUUUCAAGAAUUCCAACUUCGGAAUAGACGUUCGUACUUCGGAGGACAUUAUGUUGCAGGGAUUGAUCUUGUUCGGCGCAUGCUCGACCUCCACGAAUUCAAGCCAAUCUGAUAACGAGGUUCGUUCUUUAAAAUCUCCAAAUCAGCCAAUCACAGAUCAGCACGUGAAGAUCAUCAUAUCCGCCAUUCCACAUCAGUCGGAUAUAUACAACUUCGAGUUCGAGAACCUUGAUGUACCGCAGCAAGAAACGUACAACCUGUUUCUGAAAGAGCCAGUUCUUUUAAAGAAGGCGCGUUUGUACGCAAUUCAAGUUAAACUUGACCUGUUCUUGCCCUAUCAGACCUACAUGGGAAACGGUGGCAUUUCGGAGGUUGAAAGCGGGUCAGUGCGGUUCAAUUUCUUUACGCACCAGUCGCUUAUUGCUACAACGGCCGAAAAAGGUCAGAUCGCCGGUUUGCUAUUUUCGAAAUUGCCAGACCCAGAGCGAAUGGAAAUCUCGUUGUCACCAAGAGGAUCACCCGUGAAAAGGGAAAUAACUGAGCGUGAGGCUGGCAAACCGUUUUUCACCAAGAAAGAGUUGUUCCCCUCAAGUUCAUAUUAAAAUAAUGGGGAUACAAGUGAAGGUCAAGUUUAUGAUAUGUUUGUUAUGUUAUGAAGAUUAUUUAUUAAAACAACUUACACUGUAUUUUUAAGUAUAGUGCUAAUCA